AAUUAAAUCCCUUUUCGCCAUGGGAUGUACCCUGAGCGCCGAGGAGCGGGCCGCCCUGGAGCGCAGCAAGGCCAUCGAGAAGAACCUGAAGGAGGACGGCAUCAGCGCGGCCAAAGACGUGAAGCUGCUCCUGCUCGGGGCUGGCGAGUCGGGGAAGAGCACCAUCGUGAAGCAGAUGAAGAUCAUCCAUGAGGAUGGCUUCUCUGGAGAAGACGUGAAGCAGUACAAGCCAGUGGUCUACAGCAACACUAUACAGUCUCUGGCAGCUAUUGUACGUGCCAUGGAUACCUUGGGCAUCGAAUACGGUGACAAGGAACGAAGGGCUGAUGCCAAGAUGGUCUGCGAUGUUGUAAGUCGGAUGGAGGACACAGAGCCCUUCUCUCCAGAGCUGCUGUCAGCUAUGAUGAGACUCUGGGCAGACUCUGGGAUCCAGGAAUGCUUCAACCGGUCCCGGGAAUAUCAACUCAAUGACUCGGCCCAAUACUACCUAGACAGCUUAGAUCGAAUCGGAGCUGCAGACUACCAGCCCACGGAGCAGGACAUCCUUCGAACCAGGGUCAAAACAACUGGCAUCGUAGAAACCCACUUCACAUUCAAAAACCUCCACUUCAGGCUCUUCGAUGUCGGAGGGCAGCGGUCGGAACGCAAGAAGUGGAUCCACUGCUUUGAGGACGUCACGGCCAUCAUUUUCUGCGUGGCGCUGAGCGGCUACGACCAGGUGCUCCAUGAAGACGAAACCACGAACCGCAUGCACGAAUCACUGAAACUGUUUGACAGCAUCUGCAACAACAAGUGGUUCACAGAUACGUCCAUCAUCCUCUUUCUAAACAAGAAGGACAUAUUUGAGGAGAAAAUCAAGAAAUCUCCACUGACGAUCUGCUUUCCUGAGUACACAGGCCCCAGCUCCUUCACCGAGGCAGUGGCGUACAUCCAGGCGCAAUACGAGAGCAAGAACAAGUCUCCCAACAAGGAGAUCUACACGCACAUCACCUGCGCCACCGACACCAACAACAUCCAGUUCGUCUUCGACGCUGUCACGGACGUCAUCAUCGCCAACAACCUGCGGGGCUGCGGACUCUACUGAGGCCUCAGCAGACAGGUCCCCCUUCUGCUUCCCCUCCUUGGAGGGUGAUGAGGAAGGAACACGUGAACCCUUCCCUCUGCCCAGAACUGCAGCGUCCCACCUUCCCUGGCCCCCUCCCUGGCUUAUUUGGGUUUAUUUUUGGUGAAUUCCCCUCGCUGCCUCUUUCUGCUCCUCCGUUCCCAUUCGCAGUGCUGUAGAAGGAGCUGAUGCAUUUCCCACAAAGUGCAUUUCAACUGCCGAAAAACAGUAAUACCCCAUUUAAAAAAAAUAAUAAUAAUCAAAGCCUUAAAGUAUUUGUCAGCAACAGCGUAGUUUGGAUCCAAACCCAUUUUUUUUUUCUCCUUGAAAUUAAGGGAUAUUUGUAAUGCUUGCUAUUUAUCUCUUCCAAAAUUGCCAUUUCCUGGGCAGCAGCAAAUCGUUUUUAUCCCAUUGCUCCAGCUCCUGCCCCUGGAGCCCCAGGAAGAGCCCCAGCAGCCCCGCUCUGUGCUCUGCUCUCUAUCAGUGACACAGCCACAGGGGCCUGAGGGAGACCCACACAGUUACAGCACCUCCGAAGCGAUGCCUAAAAUUGCUGCAGAUAACAGUUUUACAUCAAUAUUUUUAGAAUUAAUGUUAAGAUCUGCCUGGUGUAAAGUAAAGAGUAAAGAGUAGAGUAAAGUGGCUCCCGUCCCCAGCCCUGUUGUGCUUUGCUGGGUCCCAUGUGGAAUGGCUGUAGGGAAGUGCCCAUGGUGGGGAUUUCCCUGUGUGCCAAGGGAGGAAGUGUCCCAGCCAGGGCUCUGUGCAUGUCAUGGUGGCCCUGGGGAUGCUGCUGGCAACCCACAGCCCUCUGCCCCACGUUGCACCGAUGGGGACUGCAGGGAGAUGUCCCGGAGCCCUUCCAGACUGACUGCAGUGCUGAUGUUCCUAACUUCAGCUCUGGAACACCAGAAAUAUUCACACCGGUUUCCUGCAGCCAGGCUGUACCUAUAAAGCAGGGAUGUGCUUUUGGAAGCCUCAUUGGAAACCAGCAGCAGCUGGUGGAUUUGUCACCCAUGCCCCUGCAUCCUGGAGGUGUGGCUCCAGAGUUAGUCACAGAGUUGGUCACCUGCCAACCAGCAGAUGGGGAAGGUUGACCUGUCUGCUUUGUGGGGAGGGAGCUGAGCUGAGCUGAGCUGAGCCGAGUCAUGGAGCAGGAAAAGGGCAAGGAG